AUGUCUCGCAACCCCCCGCAACCCCUGGCCACCAUUCCCAGGGCCGAUGAGAUCGUCCCCAUGGUCAAGCGCAUCCUCGCGACCCAGCGCGCCGCCCGCGAACAUGCCGCCGCGACCAUACCCCCUGCCGAGGCCACAUUCUCCAGCGCCAUCGCACCAUUCCUCGCGGCUGACGACAGUACGCAAGGAGAAACGGGGAUUUUCACCCUGCUCCGCUUCUCCGGGCCGGACAAGGCUACUCGGGAAGCCGUCGAGGAGGGGUCGAGGCUCUGGUCCGCGUCGACGGCGGAGAGGUUGCGGAUGACGGAAGUAUACCACCUGGUUCAGGCUGCCAGGGACAGGAACGAGGAGUUGGGAUACGAGGAGAAGAGAAUCUUGGAGGAUCUGUGGUUGGAUUAUCGCGAGGCCGGGCAUGGCACCCUCGAUGAUGAGGGAAUUGCGGUUUACCUGCAACGGAGGGAGAGGGUUGAGAAGUUGAAGGAGGAUUUCCGGCGGAACUUGUAUCAAGGGGGCGGCGGGUUGUGGUUUGACGAAGCAGAGUUGGAGGGCGUUCCGUUACAGGAGACGGAGAAGUGGAAACUUGGGAGAGAGGAGGAAUCGGAGGAAAGAGGGAAAAGGUUCGUGACACUAGAGAGGGCGGACUAUGAUGCUGUCCUGCGGCACGCACGCGACCCGGAGACGAGGAGGCGGAUGUAUGUGGCGUCCGACAACAGGUUCCCGGAGAACGUGCCGCUGUUCAAGGAGAUGCUGGUGUUGAGAGACGAGAAUGCGAGGCUGUUGGGGUACAAGAGCCACGCGGACUUCCGCAUGGAGAGAAAGGUUGCGCCGUCGACGGAAUGGGUGGAGGGGUUCCUCGGGCGGCUGAGGGAGGAGCUGAUGCCGAGAGGGAGAGAGGAGAUGAAGAGGCUCGAGGCAAAGAAAAGGGAGCAUCUCAAGAAACUGGGUGGCUUGACUGCAGGCUCGGAGGACGAAGCGAAGGUUUUGCCGUGGGAUUUUGAGUAUUACACUCGUCUUCUCGAGGAGGAGGCCGACGUCGACCAAAAGAGUAUCGCAGAGUACUUCCCACUGCGGCAUACGUUGUCCGCAAUGCUGGAUCUCUUCACCGCUUUCUUGGGGCUGGAGUUCGUCUCGAUCCCCGAAGAGGACCUGGCUGGGAAGGUCUGGGACCUGGCUGUGGAGGUUUGGAGUGUUUGGGAAGGGAGAGGGGAGAGGAAGGGGGAGUUCGUGGGAUACCUUUAUGCUGAUGUUCUCUGGAGAGAGGGCAAGUAUCGGACUGCGUGCAAUGUCAACUUGCAAUGUGGAUAUGUCAAGGAGGAUGGGAGCAGAGUAUACCCCGCAACGGUCCUCAUGUGCGCCUUUCAACCCCCAACGGCGGCCUCAUGUGCGUUGUUGAAGCACCGCGAGGUUGUGACCUUGUUCCACGAACUCGGCCAUGGUCUCCAUGACCUCGUCAGCAGGACGCAGCACACCCGAUUCCACGGCACGCGCGUGGCGCCCGAUUUCGGCGAGGCGCCCAGCACGAUGCUGGAGAAGUGGUGCUGGAUGCCUGACGAGCUGGUCAAGAUGAGCCGGCAUUACACGCGGGUGGACCCGGCGUACAUGUCGAAAUGGAGAGAGGACCAUCCUGCCGGCGGGGAGCCGCCACAGGAAAAGAUCCCGGAAGCCCUUGUGGAGAGGUUGGUAGAGAGUCGGGAGUUGAAUCGUGGACUGUGGUUUCUGCGGCAGCUGUGA